GGUUGUGCUGCAGGUGGACCAGCGGCCAAGCAGCGAUCUUAUAUCCGAUCCCGAUCCGGUCAAAUGCCGCUGGUGGAUUAAGAAGUGCGACGACUCAGAAACGUCCAACUGGAUCGCGGCCAAUACCAAAGAAUGUGAUCAUAGAGAAAGAAGGCGGCUGCAACCAUAUGGUGUGCAAGAACAAGUUCUGUUGGGUCUGCCUCGGCUUCUGGGAGCCGCACAGCUCCUCCUGGUACAACUGUAACCGGUACGAUGAGAGGAGGCCAAGGCACCUCGUGAUGCCCAGGAGAAGUUGCGCUCAUCCCUGGCCAGGAUUCCCCACUACGAGUAAAGGCUGAAGAGUCUCCAGUACAGGAAGCGCUUUAUGCCGACGGUCAACGAUCUUAUACACCGCAUCGCCAGAGCAACUACAUGAACCGCAGGGCGCGUGACCCACACCAAGUCCAGUGCCGCCAAGGGCACCACCCUGCUGCAGUAUCUCGUCCAGGUAAUCGAGAGUAAAUUCAUGGAUCCACUGGAGCUGGAGGAUCAUAUUCCGUAUGCCCGUGAGGCUUCCAAGGUGUCGCUGGGCGAGAUGGACAAGGAUAUCCAGAUGCUGCGCACCGGCCUGGCGGAUGUGGCACGCGAAAUCGAGUUCCAUCGAACUUUGCCCUUCAUGCGGGAGUUCCACGCUCGGUCCACUUUGCGGAGCUGGAGGACAAGUUCCAGGACAUAAAGACCCGCUUCGAUCACGCCCUGCGUCUGUUCGGCGAGGAUGGUUCGGUAUGUUAACAAUAAUAAUAAUAAGGUCGACGAUCAGCUGACGUGGAGCCGCCAUA